AAAAGAUUACAUGUGACGAUGAGGGAGGAGGGGUAGAAAAACGUGGUGGCUGGGGAGCCAUCGGCCACGUAUCCAUGUGACUUGUGACUAGUUGUGAGCCUUGCGAGGGACAAGUGAUACAUCUGCACCCCUACUUCUGCUUGCUCAAGAAGAUACUACUCCGUACAUGAAAGCAGCGUUUAAAAACUGAGUUUGGCGUAGGAAGUUUCCCAAUUGCCCAAUCCUCUCUGGUGGUAGCUACGGAUAUAAUCACAUCUCUCUUUUGCUAAUCUCUCUAGUCUGGGAAAAUGGCAACCCAUGAUCCAGAGCAUCCCACUCUGUCUUCCCCUGGACAGGAGCCUCUCCUUCACGGUCAACAACGGCAAGUCGAGAAUUAUUCUGUACUCGCCUCUGUACUGCCCUUCCUGUUCCCUGCUUUUGGAGGACUGCUCUAUGGUUAUGAUAUCGGUGCUACAUCCUGUGCCACAAUUUCCAUAGAGUCUGCCACAUCAAGUGGGAUUUCAUGGUAUGACCUAUCCUCUGUGCAGCUUGGUCUCAUAACUAGUGGCUCACUCUAUGGUGCUCUGAUUGGCUCUGUUCUGGCCUUCAAUGUCGCAGAUUUCCUUGGUCGAAGAAGGGAAUUGAUUCUGUCUUCUGUACUAUAUCUUAUUGGAGCAGUGAUAACAGCAAUUGCACCCGUCUACAUUAUAUUGGUUAUUGGACGUUUUGUUUAUGGUGUAGGAAUUGGGUUGGCAAUGCAUGCUGCUCCAAUGUACAUUGCAGAGACAUCACCAAGCCAGAUAAGAGGGUUGCUUAUUUCGCUUAAAGAGUUUCUCAUAGUCUUCGGAAUGCUAUUGGGCUAUACAGUUGGUAGCCUUCUGGUGGAAGCAGUUUCUGGUUGGCGGUAUAUGUAUGGAAUUAGCGCCCCGUUAUCAAUUUUUAUGGGAAUUGGAAUGUGGUGGCUUCCUGCAUCGCCUAGGUGGGUUCUUCUAAGCGCCAUUCAAGGGAAGGGUGAUGCGCGGGGUCUACGAGAGACAGCUGUACAUUGCUUGCGCAAGCUGAGGGGUGAUGCAGUUGGGGAUUCAGCAUAUGAUCAGGUGGAUGAGAUUCUAUCUGAGCUUUCUCAUCUAAGCGAAGAAAAAGAAACUACCUUUACUGAAAUAUUUCAAGGAAAGUGUUUGAAAGCCCUAACCAUAGGUGCAGGACUGAUCGUGUUCCAACAGAUUACUGGGCAACCUAGUGUUUUGUAUUAUGCAGCAAAAAUAUUUCAGGAUGCUGGAUUUGCUGCCGCAGCUGAUGCCACAAGGGCCUCAAUCUUUCUUGGGUUGUUGAAGCUGAUUAUGACAGGCGUGGCAGUUGUAGUUGUUGAUAGACUUGGGAGAAGACCUCUUCUACUUGGAGGCGUCUCUGGAAUUGCAGUAGCACUAUUUCUUCUGGGAUCAUAUUACACCUUCCUUGGUAAUGCCCCGCCUGUUGCUGUCAUUGCUCUGCUAUUGUAUGUUGGGUGUUACCAGUUAUCAUUUGGUCCGAUUGGGUGGCUGAUGAUCUCAGAGAUCUUUCCUUUGCGGGUGAGAGGGAAGGGAUUGAGCAUUGCAGUUCUUGUGAAUUUUGGCCUUAAUGCGAUUGUGACGUUUGCGUUUUCUCCUAUGGAGGACUUGGUUGGAGCUGGAAAUGUGUUCUUCAUAUUUGGUUUCAUAGCCAUUGCAGCUGUUAUUUUCGUCUUCUUCAUUGUUCCGGAGACAAAGGGGCUAACAUUGGAGGAGAUUGAGGCCAAAUAUCUCUGUUAAAUAUUGUCACAGUAUAGGCACCACCCGCCUCCACCUAUGCACGGCCUCUUACUAUGGCAUAAUAUGGUUCUUCUAACGUCUUCUGAGUAUAAUCUGUUUUUCCUUGUGCAUAGGUGUUAUGUAAAAUGUAUUUGAGUAUCUAAUACAAAACCAUUGAAAUAUCUAGAGGUGAUAUGAUUUAUCUGUGGAUAUUUCCCUAUUUGGAACCAUUGCAAAGUGAAAUGAACUUUCCAGCAAUGGCUGUGAAAACGGAUGACCCUGGACUGGCAAUUUCUGCAGUUUCAGGUGUAGGGGCAAGAACUGAAAUUCUAAUAGGAAUUGGAACCAGACUGGUUCAAGGCCGGGGGGUGGAUGCUGGUUCCGGAUUCUGUCAUCGGACCAUUUCUUGGAUGCAAAUUUGGGCAAAAAGUGACUGGUAUUUUGUGCUCCUGGCGUAUUGUAAGUAAGAUAUGGUUUAUAACAUUUUUUUGUUUCUUUUUUCCUCGGAAAAAUCUUAGUUGUAAAACAAAAAGCCUAUUUUGUUUCUUUUUUUGUUUCUUUAUUUUUUGGGCAAUUUCGACAGUUUCAAAAAUCCUAUUUUCUGAAAACGUAGAAAAAUAUUUAUUCCAUUCAACUUGUAUUUGGAAAACUAAUUUUCACCUAAAAAGAGUCCACUUUUGUAAUAUGGAACUAAUUUAAUGUAAUUUGUUAAAAAUUACCCAAAAAAUCUGGAUAUAAGGUUACAUAAAAUUUUGGUAGAAUAAACAAUUAACUUUUAAAAGUAUUCUCCCUUUCUCCAAUAAAAUCUUUACUUUGCCUUUUAUGGAGUUUAAUGAAUGAGUUUUUUCUCUAGUAUUACUAAAACGAUGUUCAUGGAAAAAAGGGUAUUUAAAAUUUUCAAGAAAGUGACUAAGUAAUGCAAUAGGAAAAGGGUUUUAUUAUAAGUUGUCUGUCGCAGACAACUUAUAAUAAGAGGGCCUCAAAUUUACAGACCUGACUAGGCCCUCUUUUUUUUUACGUUAAAACUAUUGGAGUACGUUUUAUGAAGAUUUGAAGGGGUCCAGUUAAAAGUUUAAAAAGGGUGGGGAACCGCUGAACCGGUCUAGAAUCGGAAAUAGAGGUCUCGAUCCGGACCUCCAUAAUUUCUACAAAGACCAUUCAGUCCGGGAUUGGAAUCGGUCUGAUCCUCCACCAUACUUGGAUAAUUGGCAUUCAUGAAAAAAAGAAUGACACCCCAUACCAAAAGUCUCUAGGCUAAACAGUUAUAUGAAAGAAUAUAAAUUGAACUUUUAUCUCACUUUGAUAGAAAAAGAGUGAUGUUUCAUUCCAAGUCAUUGGAGUUGAACCUGAGACCUCCCCUUGUGACACUCCUUUCCUAGUGUGCUACGCCCCCGGUAUAAUUGGCCUUGAUGAGAUGUUAUAGAGUGGGUGGAAAAUAAGACCUAGCCGGUGUAAAGGCAACGUGAAGGCUACAACGGCAGGUGGUUGAGGUGUGAGAAGUUGAGGGGAGAGUAGGGCUGGUAGGCAUGGGAGUUUGUUGCGGCAUCGAGAUGACUGCAGACCAGCAGGGGCGGGUGUCUGCCGCACUUGUAUUGAGAUUUUAAUAUACGGAGUAUUAAAGAAGUAUGAUUUGCACACUUUUUUAUUUGUAUUCAAAAUUGAGCUUAUAUCUAUAGUAAUCUAUCCCCCAGGCAAAAUCUAGGUAAUUUUUGAAUAUAUGCAUCAUUAUUUCUUCAAGGAAGUUAUAUUUUGCUUGACUUACAAAAAGAACAUUUUGUAAGUAUAAAAUAUUCUUUUAUUAGGAUAUUUCGAUAAAAACAUUUGCAAACACCAGACAACACGAGAAUUAAUGAUUCAGUUGACUUUUGGAAGUUAUAUUUUGUAAAUGUAAGUGUAAAAUAUUCUUUUAUUAGGACAAUUCGAUAAAAACAUUUGCAAACACCAGACAACACGAGAAUUAAUGAUUCAGUUGACUUCUGGUCAAACGUUUUUCAUUAUAUUAUUUUGGGGCCUUGGGGGCAGAGGUGAUAAUACUGUAAGGGUACGUUUGGUUCAAGGAAUGUUAGAUUAUCAUGAGAAUGUUAGAUGACCGGGUAGGUUAGAUAGACGAGAAUGUGAUUAAUGUGUAACACAUUUGUGUUUGGUUACGAUUAAAGGAAUGUGACAUAAAGUUGUUUGGUUGAAUCAUAUCUUAUACUCCCUAUUGCAUAUUUGGUGAAUUACUUAAUUGGCCUUUAAAUAUUUGUCUCUUAACACAUUAAACUUAUGACAACCUAUAAUUAAAGUAAUUAAAAUUAUAGAUAAAUAAAACAUCUUAAUAAUAAUUGAAAUGAAAACUAAUUGAAUAAAUAAUUCUAAG